ACCCCGCGCUCGCGCCGCCUCGCGCCUGCCCGUCCGUUAGUUCCCGGCGGCGGGCGGCGGGCGUCCGCGGCUUCUCCCCGCACCGCUCCGCUCCGGCCACCGCCAGCAUGCCCGGCACCACCCGCAAUCCCUCUUGCUGCCCCCUGCCCGACGAUGUCAAGAAGCGGCUUCAAGCACUUGAGGAUAAAGUUGGUCUCACAGAGAAGGAAUGUGUGAAAGAAAAGCUGAGUUUGCUGCAUGGCUUCUUACAAGCAGAUGCACAAAACGACCUCAGCGAGCUAGAAACAAAAUUUCAGAAAGAAGAGCUCUCUGAGGAGGGUUAUCUAGCCAAAGUGAAAGCAUUGCUCAGCCAAGAGCUUUCAAUAGGGAAUGGAGAUUCAGAGCUUGGUGUCAAUUCAAAUGGUUGCACAGAAAAUGGAGCUAAGGACAGUGAUAAAAGUGACACCAAUGGUGUAUCUGAUGAGCCAAAUGGCCAAGAGGAGAGCAAUAUGGAAACAGAAGCAGUGGUUUUCCCAACAGCGAAGGGUCGUGGGAAGCGACUAAGUAAAUCCAAUGGAGACAACAAACGACUAUCGGGAAGUCCAAGGGUCACCAGGAACUCAGCAAAGCAGCAAGCUACAAUUAUAUCCAUGUUUGCUAAAGUAGCAAACAAACGCAAGUCAGAGGACCUAAGUGAAUUAGAAUCAAAAAAUAUUGAAGCAGAAGAAUGUGAUGAUGAGCAGGAGCAGGAUGAAAAGAAAAUUAAAGUUGAAUCAGAACAAAAGCUGUUUAGUGGGACCAAGGCUACCUCUGACUGCAAACCCAAAAUUGAACAAACUCCUAAGACGCCACCUCCCAAAUGCACAGAUUGCAAGCAGCUCUUGGAUGAUCCAGAUCUCAAAUACUUCCAGGGGGAUCCUGAUGAUGCAUUAGAAGAGCCUGAGAUGUUGACUAAUGAGCGUUUGUCACUAUUUGAAGGAACAAAUGAUGAAGGGUUUGAAAGUUAUGAUGACUUGCCUCAACAUAAAGUCACUUUCUUCAGUAUUUAUGAUCGGAAAGGCCACUUAUGUCCUUUUGAUACUGGCCUGAUCGAAAAGAAUGUGGAGCUAUACUUCAGUGGUGUGGUGAAACCAAUCUAUGAUGAUAACCCUAGCCUGGAUGGUGGAGUCAGAGCUAAAAAACUAGGACCAAUAAAUGCCUGGUGGAUAACUGGUUUUGAUGGUGGAGAAAAGGCUUUGAUUGGGUUUACAACAGCAUUUGCUGACUAUAUAUUAAUGGAUCCCAGUGAUGAAUAUGCAACCAUCUUUGCUGUGAUGCAAGAGAAAAUCCACAUAAGCAAAAUAGUCAUCGAGUUUCUACAAAAUAAUCCUGAUUCCACUUAUGAAGACCUGUUAAACAAGAUAGAGACCACAGUACCUCCUGCUGGACUGAGUUUCACUCGCUUCACUGAGGAUUCGCUGCUGAGACAUGCUCAGUUUGUUGUGGAACAAGUGGAGAGCUAUGAUGAGGCUGGUGAUGUUGAUGAACAGCCGAUCAUUAUAACUCCCUGUAUGAGAGAUCUGAUCAAGCUGGCUGGUGUCACCCUCGGGAAAAGGCGAGCAGCAAGACGACAAGCUAUACGUCACCCUACCAAGAUCGAUAAGGACAAGGGGCCCACUAAAGCCACUACCACCAAGUUGGUGUAUCAGAUCUUUGAUACCUUCUUCUCUGAGGAAAUUGAUCAGAAUGACAAAGAGAAUGGUUCAAAACGCAGGCGCUGUGGAGUGUGUGAGGUUUGUCAACAGCCUGACUGUGGGAAGUGCAAAGCUUGUAAGGACAUGGUGAAGUUUGGGGGCUUUGGUCGUAGCAAACAAGCCUGCUUACAAAGAAGGUGUCCAAAUCUGGCCGUGAAGGAGGCUGAUGAUGACGAGAACGAUGAAGAUGAUUCCGAGAUAAUUGACAAAGCUUCUCCCAAAAGAAUGUUGCAGGGUAGAAAAAAGAAGCAGUCAAAAAGCCGCAUCUCUUGGAUUGGAGAGGCUAUCAAGUCUGAUGGAAGGAAAACCUAUUACCAGAAAGUGUCUGUUGAUGAUGAAACUCUGGCAAUCAAUGACUGUGUGGCAGUCAGCCCAGACGACCCCACCAAACCCCUUUACUUAGCAAGAAUCACAUCCAUGUGGGAAGAUGUCAAUGGGAAGAUGUUCCAUGCAAAUUGGUUUUGCCGUGGCACAGACACGGUGCUGGGUGAGACCUCUGAUCCACUUGAGCUCUUUCUAGUGGAUGAGUGUGAAGACAUGCAGUUAUCUUAUGUAGACAGCAAAGUUAAGGUUAUCCACAAGGCUGCCUCAGAGAACUGGGCACUGGAGGGUGGAAUGGAUGAUAAUUUUGAGCUGAAGAUGGUUGAAGACGAUGGAAAGACCUACUUCUACCAGAUGUGGUAUGAUCCGGAGUAUUCACGAUUCCAGAUUCCUCCUAGUUCUGAAUCAACGGAUGAGAAUAAGCACAAAUUCUGUGACAGCUGUACUCGGUUGGCUGAAAUCAGGCAACGAGAGAUGCCACGGGUACUAGAACCAUUGGAGGUAAAGGACGAUUCAAAGGUUUUCUACUCAUUGGCUUCUAAGAAUGGAACGCAGUAUAAAGUUGGAGAUGGUGUUUACCUCCUACAAGAGGCAUUCUCAUUCAGUGUUAAGCCAUCCAGUCCUGGCAAGCGACCAAUAAAAAAAGAUGACGUUGAUGAGGACCUUUACCCUGAGUACUAUCGCAAGUCAUCUGAUUACAUCAAAGGCAGCAAUCUUGAUAUUCCCGAACCAUUCCGAAUUGGCCGCAUUCAAGAAAUCUUCUGUCAUAAGCGGAGCAAUGGCAAACCCAAUGAAGCAGAUAUUAAGCUCCGAAUCAAUAAAUUCUAUCGAGCUGAGAACACGCACAGUCUUAAAGCCAGUUACCACACUGAUAUCAACUUGUUAUACUGGAGUGAUGAAGAAGUGACUGUGGACUUUAAAGACAUCCAAGGUCGCUGUACUGUGGAAUAUGGUGAAGACCUCUCUGUGUCCAUUCAGGAAUACUGUGCUGGAGGCCCAGACAGAUUCUAUUUCUUAGAGGCCUACAAUGCAAAGAUGAAAUCCUUUGAAGACCCUCCAAACCGUGCCCGCAGUUCAGCCAACAAAGGCAAGGGUAAAGGGAAAGGCAAAGGCAAAGGAAAGGGGAAGUCUACAACUGAACCUGAACAAACAGAGCCAGAGGUUACGGACAACAAAUUCGAGAAACUUCGCGCCUUGAUGUUUUCCUCAGGCUGUGGGGGGCUGUCUGAAGGAUUCCAUCAGGCAGGUCUUUCGGAAACCCUUUGGGCCAUUGAGAUGUGGGAUCCAGCAGCCCAGGCUUUCCGCUUGAACAAUCCUGGAGCAACCGUAUUCACAGAGGACUGCAACGUUCUCUUGAAACUUGUCAUGGCUGGGGAGAAGACCAAUUCACUGGGACAGAAACUGCCACAAAAGGGCGAUGUGGAAUUGCUGUGUGGUGGCCCUCCAUGCCAGGGCUUCAGUGGAAUGAAUCGCUUCAAUUCCCGUACAUACUCCAAAUUCAAGAACUCCCUUGUAGUGUCUUAUCUCAGCUAUUGUGACUAUUACCGGCCCAGGUUUUUCCUGCUGGAAAAUGUGAGGAACUUUGUAUCGUUCAAGCGCUCCAUGGUUCUGAAGCUAACCCUUCGGUGCCUUGUGCGAAUGGGCUACCAGUGCACAUUCGGUGUGUUGCAGGCUGGUCAGUAUGGAGUUGCCCAGACCCGCCGGAGAGCUAUCAUUCUGGCCGCUGCCCCUGGAGAGAAACUGCCACUCUUCCCAGAGCCUUUGCAUGUCUUUGCGCCAAGGGCCUGCCAGCUGAGUGUGGCAGUGGAUGAUAAGAAGUUUGUCAGCAACAUAACCAGGACAAAGUCGGCUCCAUACAGAACCAUCACUGUAAGAGAUACCAUGUCCGAUCUGCCUGAAAUUCGCAAUGGGGCAUCUGCGUUGGAAAUUUCGUACAAUGGCGAACCCCAGUCCUGGUUCCAGCGGCAGAUUCGGGGCACACAGUACCAGCCCAUUCUGCGGGAUCAUAUUUGUAAGGAUAUGAGUGCCUUGGUCGCAGGCAGAAUGCGUCACAUUCCCCUUGCCCCAGGGUCUGACUGGCGUGAUCUUCCAAAUAUUGAGGUGCGCCUCUCCGAUGGCACCAUGACCAAAAAGCUGAGGUACACACAUCGUGACAAAAAGAACGGACAUAGCAGCACUGGUGCUGUACGUGGAGUGUGCUCUUGCGCAGAAGGUAAGCAGUGUGAUUCAGCUGACAGACAGUUCAACACGCUCAUUCCAUGGUGUCUGCCCCACACUGGAAACAGACACAAUCACUGGGCUGGCCUGUACGGUAGGCUGGAAUGGGAUGGAUUUUUCAGCACCACUGUCACCAAUCCUGAGCCCAUGGGGAAACAGGGUCGUGUUCUACAUCCUGAGCAGCACCGCGUGGUGAGUGUGCGGGAGUGCGCACGCUCCCAGGGAUUCCCAGAUACAUACAGGCUCUUUGGGAACAUUUUAGACAAGCACAGACAGGUUGGCAAUGCAGUACCACCACCUCUGGCUAAAGCUAUCGGCAUGGAAAUUAAACUCUGCGCACUUGAGAGGAAGAAAGGGAACACAGUGCCCAUCAAACUUGAGACUAUGGACACGAGCAACUAAUUCAUCUCCUUGAGCUUGAUGUUCCCACCGAAUUUUCAUGCACUACAUUCAAGGGCAGGAGGAAGGAAAGAAGAUGGGAUUCCUGUGACUGUUCAGUGAAGCGAUGUCCUUUUUUAACUGGCUGUGAUGCAGCCAAUGAAGAUGUAACAUUGUUUUUAGUUAAUGAACAUUUUCUCUUGAUUGUGCAGUGCUGUCAUGCAUUGUGGAUUUUAAUGUGGUUUUAAAAUGCACAGUAUUUGAAUAAUUGCCCACUUUCUACAGUGGUAAUUCAAUGUUUAAUAAACGUAGUUUUUAUAUGUUGUAAUAUUUCAAUAAAUAUCUUAAGUGGAA